CAUUCAUCCCUGGGAGGGAAAGGAAAAAGGAGAAGGGGAACGAAGCUUUAGGGAAAGGAGACAGAGAGCUGCUCUUAUCAAGCUCCCCUCCUCCUAUCUCUCAUUCACACCCCACCCCCUCUCCCUCUCUCUCCCUGUCUCUCUCUCUAAGCCUCUCCCCCUGGUAGUCAGUGCGAGGGAUUUCUCUACCGGGACACAUUUAUUUCCUGUUUUAAAGGAGCGUAGAAGGCACCGGUUGGGGUUAUGGAGGGGAUCCGGAGUGGGCAUGUACAGUAGGAGGGCUCCGGGCUGCUGUUCUGCAUCGCCGCUCUUGUAAGGUGCUGCGGCGGGGAUUGAGUGGAGCUGCCGCUGCCUGGUACCGCUGAGCCAUCAAAGACAAGAGGGCUCAAAAUGACAGAAGAGGGCUCAGAGGUUCCCAGGGAAUUGCUAGAAAGCAUCAGGGAUGUUAUUGGGAGGAAAAUUAAGAUUGCUGUGCGGAAGAAGGUCAAACUCGAGGUCAAAGGAGAUAAAGUUGAAAACAAAGUUCUGGUCCUUGCAUCAUGCCGAGCCUUCAUCUUGACAGCACGAUUACCAACCAAGCUCGAACUAACAUUCAGUUAUUUGGAAAUCCAAGGGAUGAACUGCAGUAAACCAGGCCAUAUGGUCGUUGAAACUGAAAAAUGCAACUUAUCAAUGAAGAUGGGGUCUUCUGAAGAUGUGAAUGAAGUGGUGGCGCACAUAGGAACCUGUCUGCGAAAGAUAUUCCCUGGGCUGUCACCUGUGAGAAUUAUGAAGAAGGUAACCAUGGAGCCAUCAGACAGGCUGACAAAUCUGCAAGCGAUGUGGGAUAGCCAGACUGUAACAGAAGUAGGCCCAUGUGGGGGCUUUUCUCAGAUGUAUGCCUGUGUCUGUGACUGGCUUGGAUUACCAUAUAGAGAGGAAGUACAGUGGGAUGUGGACACUAUAUAUUUAACUCAAGACACACGGGAGCUAAACUUGCAAGACUUCAGUCACCUUGAGCACAGAGAUUUGAUACCGAUUGUUGCUGCUCUGGAAUAUAAUCAAUGGUUUACAAAGCUAACCUCUAAGGACUUAAAACUGUCUGCUGAUGUCUGCGAUCAGAUCUUACGCGUUGUUAGCAGAUCCAGUCGAUUGGAAGAAUUGGUUCUAGAAAACGCCGGCCUCAGAAUAGAUUUUGCACAGAAAUUAUCCAGUGCCCUUGCACAUAAUCCAAACUCAGGACUUCAUACUAUUAACCUUGCAAACAACCCACUCGAGGAUAGAGGUGUCGCUUUCUUAAGUAUCCAUUUUGCCAAACUUCCAAAAGGACUAAAGUAUUUAAAUUUAUCAAAAACCUCAAUAUCUCCCAAAGGAGUGAAUAGCCUUUCCCAGUCACUAAGUGCUAACCAGCAGAUUGCGACAACCCUUACCCACCUUGACCUCUCCGGCAAUGCUCUCCGUGGCGAUGACCUUUCAUACUUGUAUACGUUUUUGGCCCAGCCAAAUGCUAUUAAAUGUCUGGAUUUAUCUAACACAGAGUGUGCCGUUGACAUGGUAUGUGGAGCACUUCUGCGUGGUGGCCUCCAACAUCUUGCUGUGCUGAACCUCUCCAGAACAUUUUUCUCUCACAGGAAGGGGAAAGAAGUACCGCCAUCAUUUAAACAGUUCUUCAGCAGCUCGCUUGCCCUGACACAUAUCAACCUUUCUGGCACUAAACUUCCUCCUGAGCCUCUUAAAGCACUGCUUCUUGGUUUGGCUUGUAACCCUAACCUGAAAGAGGUAUCGCUAGAUCUGAGUAGCUGUGAGUUGAGAUCCGGUGGAGCCCAAGUUUUAGAAGGCUGCAUAGCAGAAAUCCAUAACAUCACAAGCCUGGAUAUUUCUGACAAUGGUCUGGAGUCCGAUCUCUCUACCCUUGUUGUCUGGCUAAGUAAAAAUCGAUCAAUACGACACCUGGCUUUGGGGAAGAAUUUUAACAACAUGAAAUCCAAAAUUCUGACCCCAGUCCUGGAUAACUUGGUACACAUGAUACAAGAUGAAGAAUCGCCUUUGCAGUCACUGUCUCUGGCAGACUCCAAGCUGAAGACCGAUGUCACAAUCAUCAUAAAUGCCCUUGGCAGCAAUACAUCUUUAACCAAAGUAGAUAUCAGUGGGAACGGUAUGGGGGACAUGGGAGCCAAGAUGUUGGCCAAAGCCCUGCAAAUAAAUACUAAGCUAAGAACAGUGAUUUGGGAUAAGAACAAUAUCACAGCUCAGGGAUUCCAGGAUAUAUCAGUUGCUCUAGAGAAGAACUAUACCCUACGAUUUAUGCCUAUACCUAUAAAUGAUGCUUCCCAAGCAUUGAAAACAAACCCAGAAAAAACUGAGGAAGCCCUCCAAAAGAUAGAAAACUAUUUACUGCGGAAUCACGAGACGAGAAAGUACCUUCAAGAACAGGCUUAUCGGUUACAGCAAAGCAUUGUAACUGGCACUACUCAGCAGAUGAUUGACAGAAUGUGUGUCAAAGUUCAAGACCACCUAAACUCUUUGAGAAACUGUGGCAUAGAUUUUGUUAUGGAAGAUGUGAAAUCCGCUGAGAGGCUCAUGCGAGAUGCCAAGAAUUCAAAAACGCUUUUGCCUAAUUUGUAUCACCUUGGUGGUGCUGCAUGGGCUGGAGCCAAUAAUUUGCCUAGUCCCAUUCAAGAAACCUUGGAGUCCAUGGCAGGAGAAGUCACCAGAGUUGUGGAUGAACAAUUAAAGCAAAUGCUCGAGUCCAUGGUGGAUGCUGCAGAGGCUCUCUGUCCCAACGUUACGAAGAAAGCCCACAUUCGUCAGGAUCUGAUCCAGGCCAGCACAGAGAAAAUCUCCAUUCCUCGCAAUUUUGUAAAAAAUGUACUGCUUGAGCAGUCAGGAAUAGAUAUUCUUAAUAAAAUAAGUGAAGUCAAACUGACUGUAGCCUCUUUCCUUUCUGACCGCAUUGUCGAUGAAAUCUUAGAUGCUCUUUCCACCAGCCAUCAUAAACUGGCUGACCAUUUGACUAAGCGUGGAAAGCCACUACCACAUCAAGAUUCUCUGGAGAUAGAAACCAUUGAGGAGAAGCCUGCCAAGAGAACAACUAUUACCAUCGAAGACCUGACAGAGAUGGAGCGUUUGGAGGACUUGGACACCUGCAUGAUGACUCCCAAGUCCAAGAGAAAGAGUAUUCACAGUAGAAUGCUGCGCCCGGUGUCCAGAGCAUUUGAAAUGGAAUUUGAUUUGGACAAAGCACUUGAGGAUGUUCCGAUACACAUCGAGGACCCCCCAUAUCCCUCUGUCAAGCAGGAGAAGAGGACAUCUGGUGUCAUUGCAGAGCUACCCUCAGAAGAAGCGAAGAAGCUGGAACAUUUUACCAAACUGCGACCUAAGAGAAUGAAAAAACAGCAGCCCAGCAAAGCGGGUCAACUUGGAGCUGAAGCACCUUUGGAUGGAGAUCAGAAUGGACUCAUUUCUCGAGUAGACGAAGGUGUAGAGGAGUUCUUUAGCAAGAAAGUGACGAGGAUGGAAGGAAAGAAACAUUCAUUCAGAAGUGGAGAUUCUCAGGAUGUUGGCGAGGGAGAUGAGAAGAAGAGGAGGGACUCUAAGAAGAGCGGCUUUCUUAACUUAAUAAAAUCCAGAAGCAAAUCCGAUCGUCCUCAGGCUGUUCUCGUGACUGAAGAGCCCUCUUCACCUAAAGUCUCUGUUAAAGCAGCUGUGCCAGAGGCUUCAAAGAAAGAGAGGGUCUCUGAGAACAAUGGAACUGUAAGUACCAGCACAAGUGCCGGCAGCAGCACGGAGCGACUAGAGGAGGUAAAAACACCGGACUCUAUAGAGGAGAACUUACAGCCUGAAGAUUCUACAAAGCCUGAGAGCAAAAGCAGCCCCCAGUCAGGAAGGAGGCUUGGUGUCCAGGUGAUGGGAAGCGGAUUGCUGGCUGAGAUGAGAGCCAAGCAGGAAAAAAGAGCAGCUAAUAAAAAAUUUGGAAAUGAUGUUAGUAGCAAAGACACAUCCGAUAGCUUGGUCACGACAGAUAAAGUGGAUGGAAGUGGACCAGUUUCAAAAGAAAGCCGUUUCCCUCUGACUAAAGGAGAAUCCACCAACUCUUCCCCGGAAAAAAAUCUUAAAAAUGAAUUAAAAGCAGAUGCCAGUGUACGAUCCAAGAGUACUUCCAGCACCCCUACUAGUCCAAAACAACCGCUUCAGUCUUCAAAACCGUCCUUCUCAGUGCGACCUAUGGUGCCUCAGAAACCCAGAAGCAGUUCGCGUACCGAAGAUAUGCCGGAAUCACCAGCUGGGCCUUGUUCCCCUAAAUCCGCGCUUACGCCUUCUGUGCUGAAAAGGGCUCCAUCGGACAAGGAAAGGGACGGGCAGAGCAGUCCUCAACCAACAGCCAAGCCAGUCUUAGAUGAAGUUCGCCCGCCUUCUGUGUCUGACGUUUCACCAAAAAAGUACAGCCGGCAAACUUCAUCAGAAGCACCAGACUUGAAAUCACGCUCUUCAAAUAAAGACGGUCAUCAGAGAAGUAAAUCAAGUGACUCUGGAGAGGAAGUGGACAAAGAGUUUGUUUUCAUUUAGGAUGUCCACCAGCAUGGGUAUUUCUGCUUUGUAACUCAAUUUGGGGAUUUUUAUCAUUCAAAUGUUUAAAAAAAAAAAAAUUGAUUUAUUUUAGGAGUAAUCCCACAAUGACAUUUUGCCAUCAUUGUUAAAACCAGCAUUUUUGUAGGUUACGGUACUUGAAAAAUGAAAUCAGAAACUGCUACAGCAAAUGCCAUAGCUACUUAGCAAAGCAAUGACUCGCUUGACCUUAACUUAGCUCUGUCUUGGAACUAAUAAGCUUCACGUGUUGAAAAGAAUAUAAUAUGUGAGUCAAAUUCUUCACGUGACCACUAUACCAUGCUCUUCGUGUAUGUAAUUGCACAUUGUAAUUUUAACAGAGCACACAUAAUGACAAAUGAUUUGUAUAAAUGGUAAAUAUAUAUAUAUACACAAACAUAUAUAUUAGUUUCACAUCCUCCGGUAGGAACUUUUCUCUUCCUUCCCUUCUUGUAAAUAAGUUCUCCUGCACUUAUCAAUAAGCACAAAUGAUAAUAGCAUCUUUUAAGAUACAGAAUAAAUAGAGCUUCUUUGGGGUUUUUUUUGUGUAAUAAGUGGUAAAUAAUUUGCAGAUCAUAUGAUGCCGUCCUAAGCUUUCUUAUUUUAAUUUCACUUUUAUGAUAUUGUUUUGAACGAUGAAAUAAGUAACUUUGUAAAUAAAGGGAAAAAAAAGAUUUUUUGGAAAAUAUAAUAACAUAGAUAUUCACUUAUAUUGCAGUUAAAGGGGUUUUAUUCAUAUGUAUAUUUGUAUCAAUAAAACAAUUUUACAUCUUU